ACCACCACCGCCACCAGCACCAACCAGUCUCACCCUUUUAUGGCUCCCAAACCAGGAACCUACUUCCCGGCGGUAACCUUUUUCGAUCCCCGACACAGACAGCCUCGACCUCGCCGCCUAAGCCAAAUACUUCACCUACCUCUUCUCACGCACGGGCAUCACGGGCCUCGUCAUCCUCGGCACAAAACGCCGAAACGAUGCUCCUGACACGCAAAGAACGCCCGUGCUAACUCGAGACGGCCGGCGUGUCCGUUCGCAAGGAUUGUCCCCUGAUCGCAAGCGUGAGCGGCCACUCGACAGCCCAAACGCUUGAAUACAUCCACGACGCCCACGCCGCUGGGGGCAAGUUAUGCCCUCGUACUCCCGGCAGCGUAGAUCGGCCAAACAGACGACCUCGGCGGUAGUGAGAAGCUUUUACCACGAUGUGGCCUCCCACUCGCUCUUGCCAGUUAUCAUCUACAAUUUCCCCGGCGUGACGGGCGGGCUGGAUCUGGACUCCGACAUGAUCGCCGCGAUCACGCGGGACAGUAGCAACGUCGUAGGCGCCAAGUUGACGUGCGGCUCCGUCGCGAAGAUCGCGCGGCUCAGUGCGGACCUCACCCCCCAGUUCAACAGGUUUGCCGUAUUUGGUGGACAGUCGGAUUCUCCUCUUGGCUGGGCUCGUCGCGGGGAGUGCUGGGCGUGUGGGGCGGCUUUUGGGAACGUGUUUCCGAGGAGUGUGAGUCGGAUCUAUGAUCUGUGGGUGUGCGGAAGGAGGGAGGAGGCUCUGAGAUUGCAGAGACUCUUGGCUGUCGCGGAGGGCGCGAGCAAGGUUGGGGGUUGUGGCGUGCUUGAAAUAUGCUGCUGCGGUGUUCAGUGCGCCGAGGGCGGGUAAUGAUCCUGUUGAGGCGGUGGAGUUGCUUAGGCUGCGACGGCCGUGA